AUGGGCUGCGAGUGGCGGCCGCUGGCAGCGUCGGGAGGUUACCGCGAGGAUGUUCAGUGGAUGUACGUCUGCACUCGCACCGCCCUCGUCAUGUGGGCGCAAGCCAUCUGGGACCAGCACCCGGCGCCCAGGAUCAUGCAAGUGGUGCUGGGGCAGGCGACGAAGGAGCUGCAGGCCGCCGACAACCCGCGGCGGCCGGUCACGACCCCGCACGACCCGGGAUUCGAGACGUUGCGGCGGUUAGGGUGGAUCCUCCGAAGCGCCACCACCACCUCGACCGACACGGGUGAAACCAUUGACAUGACGGCCCCCCGACAGGUGCAGCAGCUGGUCGAGCUCGCCGCGGUCCGGGCUUCGGGGCCAGGCCGGGGGACGUUGCCAACGGACCCACGGCCGCACAUGUGGCGCUCAUUAGAGAGAGCCUUCGACAUCUACGAUUUCGGGAUCACCGAGGUGCGCGCGCACACCUCUGUGGCAGAUGUGCACGCUAGUCGCUUUUCUCAUUGGGAGCGCAAGGGCAACAUGGCGGCGGACACAUAUGCUAUGCGAAGUGCGGAGCGCUGCGGCACGGCAGUUGCGGCCUCGACGUGGAGCUGUGCAAGGGGCUGGUGGCUCUGGCGCAGCAGACGGCGCGAUGGGCGGGAGAGCAUGAAGCAUGGCUGGCCGACUGCGGUUUCCAGGGCCACGAG